UCCAACUUGGUCUGCAUAGCUUCCUGCCCCCCAGCACUCUCGGCUGCACCAUGACACUGACUGUCCACCUCUCCUACUUUCUGGUCCUGUUGGCAGCAGGCCAAGGCCGCAAUGACUCCCUCCUCAAGGAUGCCGGGCCCCGACCACUGGAGCUGACAGAAGUCUUCAAGCUGUUCCAGAUCAAAUACAACCGGACUUACUCAAACGAAGCAGAAUAUGCUCGCCGUCUGGACAUCUUUGCCCACAACUUGGCCCAGGCUCAAAGACUGCAGGAGGAAGACUUGGGCACAGCAGAGUUUGGGGAGACUCCAUUCAGUGACCUCACAGAGGAGGAGUUUAGCCAGCUCUACAGUCAUCAGAGGGCGCCUGAAAGGAUCCCCAACGUGGUCAAAAAGGCAGGGUCUGAAAAGUUGGGGGGACCGGUGCCCUCCAGCUGUGACUGGCGUAAGGCAACAAACAUCAUCUCAUCCAUCAAGAACCAGGAAUCCUGCAGGUGCUGCUGGGCCAUGGCAGCAGCGGACAACAUCGAGGCCCUGUGGCGCAUCAAACACGACCCGCUUGUGGAAGUCUCUGUGCAGGAGCUCCUGGACUGUGACCGCUGUGGAAAUGGCUGCCAGGGUGGUUUUGUGUGGGACGCAUAUGUGACUGUCCUCAACAACAGUGGCCUGGCCAGCAAAAAGGAUUACCCAUUCCAGGGGCGCCCCAGCCCCCGUGGGUGUCUAGCCAAGAAGUACAAGAAGGUGGCCUGGAUCCAAGAUUUCACCAUGUUAAAGAGUAACGAACAGGUGAUUGCAGGCUACCUGGCUCUCCAUGGCCCCAUCACCGUGACUAUCAACAUGAAGCUACUCCAGGGUUACCAGAAGGGUGUGAUCAAGGCCACGCACACUAACUGUGAUCCCCAGCACGUGGACCAUUCUGUCCUGUUGGUGGGUUUUGGCAGAGACAAGGAGGAGGGCACACAGUCAGGGACAGUCUUGUCCCAGGCUCGCAAACCCCGCCGCUCUGUCCCAUACUGGAUCCUGAAGAACUCCUGGGGAGCUGAAUGGGGCGAGAAGGGCUACUUCAGGCUAUACCGGGGAAACAACAGCUGUGGUAUCACCAAGUACCCAAUCACCGCUCAUGUGGACCAUCCGGUUAAGAAGUCACCAAUCUCUUGCCCACCUUGAGGCCAGCAGCAACCCCUCAGCCUCUCCCGCUUGGCCACUGCCCUCGUCAGCCUGACUCUGAGGUUCUUCCUGGCUUCUCCAUCCUCUCUGUAUGGCUUCAUAAACCCAGAUAUGAUCCCUGGCUCCUGAGUGGUUUUAGCUG